AUGUCAUCCGCUGCUGAAGAUUAUUUGUCCUCACUCAAAGAUAAAGCCGAAGAAGAAGAAGAACAAGAUUUGAAUGACCAAAGAGAGCAAGCAUCGGAAUUUGAUGAUGAGCAUCAGGACCAUGCUAUGGAAGGCAUGAAUGAGGAACAACAAGAGGAUCAGGAUGAUGAUUUUUAUGGAACGUCUUCCACUCUCACCGAAGAAGAGAAAAUUAGAAUUUUGAGAGAACAAAUGGGAGAAGAAUACGUCCUUGAUGAUGAUGCUAGCACCAAAAAUCAACAGAAAAAACAACACUUCACACAAGAGGAAAUUCGGAAUUUAACAGACACGAAGAAUUUAUUUCAAUCUCCACUCUUUCGUUUUUCUUUCGCUGAAGUGUUGAAAAAAGCUUCAUUAAAUUGGAAAAAGUGCACCAAAAUAGAGGAUGCAUUGAGGUCGUUGAAGGAAAUUUUGGACUCUAUCUCUCAGUAUAAGGUUCAACAUUUGGAUGAAAUUUAUUCUUCGAGAUUUAUUGAGAUUUCGGAAAAGACUCGAAAAAUGGCUUGCAAUGCCCCACAAAGUAUUGCAAUUGUUGGCUCCUAUUUACUGCGAAGCAUUGCAAAACCAUACAAGAAUAUCGAUGUUGCAGUCACUAUGCCUAAGGGAUUUAUCACAUCUAAGGACUUUGGAAAAAUAUAUUUUGAAAAGAGAGCUUGUUAUCUAUGUGCUAUUGCCGAACAUUUAAAGAAAAAUGAAAUUUUCUCGCAAUUAGAAAUAGUACCUUUCAGAGGAGAUUAUUGGAAGCCAAUCAUUGUUUCGAAUGUGAAAAUUGGUAAAAGUUUUUUCAAAAUCAGAAUUCUUCCAUCCAUCACGAAUGACAUUUUUGCUAAAAAUUUAAAACCUGAGAGUAUUGUUCAAUAUCACAGAAUUGCUGAGGAUCAAUAUUUCCACAAACAUUUGGAAAUGUUACACAAUGAAAUGAAAGAUUGCCCAGUUUUGGUAGAGACAGCAGUUUUAUUGCGUGUAUGGGCAAGAAAUAGAAAUAUUUACCAAUCGGAUGACAGUUUGAACGGUUUUUUACUUUCCAUGCUUGUUUUAUAUUUGUUGUCCCAAAAGAAAAUUAACAAGACCAUGAGCUCUUUCCAAAUGAUCAAAUUAUUGAUGAAUUGGAUUGUUAAAUCAAACGAACAAGUUUCUAAGGGCCUAUCCUUCUCUCCAAAACCAGUUGACCCCGUAUUUGUCAAAUCAUUUAAUGUGGCGUUGAUAGACAAGGAAGGAGAUUUCAACAUUUUCCAUAGAGUAUCACAAAAUGCAUGGAAUGAAUUGAAAUCAGAAGCGAAAUUGACAUUGGCUCAAAUGAAAGAUGAAACAAGCGUCAAGUCUGUGGAACUACUUUUCCUGACCAAGCACACAUUUUGGCACAAAUUUGACGCCAUUCUCAAAGUGAGCGUUCCAACUUCAUUUAAGAACGACGAUGAGGUCUCCACGAAUGCUCGAAUUGCUUCCAUUCUCAGUACUGCCUUCGAAGGAAGAGUCAAAUAUCUAAGAGUGGUCGGCAAUGAUGAGCAUAAGGUUUUUGUUGGACUCGUGUUCACCAAGAAUUGGUUGGAGCCUCUCACUAAAGGUCCAUCUCCACACAAUAAGGAAAAAACUGAAGAUUUUAAGAGCUUUUGGGGUAAGAAGGCAUUCAUGAAGGACUUUAGUGAUGGUUCUCUGAGUAUUUGCACAGAAUGGCAAGUGUCUGAUAAUGAGUGUUCAGUGAAGGCUAUUGAGCAAAUUGCAAACUAUGUUUUGAAAAAACAUUUAGACAAGACUGUUGAAUGCUCAGUAUCAACAUCGUACGUUUAUUCCAUGUUGAAUCUUUCUAAAGUUGAAUCUCAAGAAGCCAAUGCUGCAAUGAGAGAAGCAUUUGAAAAGUUAGAAUCCAUCAUUAUGGACACAGAUAUCAAUUUAACGCCGGAGAAUAUUUGUGUGAUUUCACCAGAGUUUUAUGAAGUUGCCAUUACCACUCCAAAGCCUACGAAUCCUUUGUUGACUGUUUUGCAAUUUAGAAGCAAUGCAAAAUGGCCAGAUAAUUUCGAAGCUUUGGACAAGUUGAAACAACUGAUCUAUCUCAAAUAUAACGAAGUCUUGAAAUUAAAGACUAUUCCAACUAGAAGAUGGAUUGAUAUUGUUUGCAAUGGAUUUACAUUCCGUGUGGUCCUAUUUGUUUCAAAGGAGAUUAACCUUAUUAAGAGAUCAGGACAGGCUCUCAAUCCAAAUGUACACGAGUUGGAAAAAACACUCAACAUCCUUCCCUUACAUUGCAAGUACUCUGGAAUUUUCAAAAACACUUUCAAAGAGUAUGCAGAGACUGUGAGAUUGGCAAAGGCAUGGGUCAAUACUCACUUCAUGUCAGACUAUUUGGAAGAUAGUGUUGUGGAAUUAUUGUGUAUGCAUGUCUUUACCGACGUCUAUUCCCCUUACAAAGCUCCAAAAACAGCUAUUUGUGGAUUUUUCAGAUUUUUAAGUUUGUUGUCUAGUCAUUCAUGGUUUGAUACACCUCUUUUUGUCAACACCUCUGUUGGUGAUGCAGAUGUGGAGAAUAUUCAAAGAGAAUUCUCGAGAAGGUCUGAAGAAUACGAAAAGUUAGAUGCCAAACCAAGCAUGUACAUUGUUGCUUCAUAUAACUUGGAUUAUGUUUGGACGAAAAAGAAUCCACCAGCUAUUAUUGUCCACCGAAUGGUUCAGCUCGCUAAAAACACAGAAAUUGAAUUGAAUGAGUAUAUUCUCUCUCGAGUAGAAGAGGCAUCAUCAAAGCUUCCCUCACUCUUCACAAGUACAGACAUGGAUGGAUACGAUCUCAUCCUCACUCUCAAGAGUGAACAAGAAAUGAGAAACAACAACACCUCUUCAUUACCAACUGGAUUCAACCCAUUUGACUUGUUUUACAGAGACCUCAAAGAACGCUUCUCUCGAUUUGGUUUGUUCUUCAAGGACGUUCAAAACACCACCAUUACUUUUGCCAUAAAUCCGAACGUGUGGCAGCCUCAACCAGCUUCGAUCACCCACACAUGGUGUAUGAAACCAUUAUCCUCUGAUAAGAAGAACAACUCGAGUGGUGGAAAUAGAUCUUCUAAUUCCUUCAACAAACUCCAAUUCAACGCUGAACAAUUCAUUCUCGAGAUGGAGCAGCUCGGAAAGGGCAUUAUUCAUUCCAUCAAAGCCAACGAGCAGUCUUCAUUGGUGCCCUACUUGGAGAAGAACCUUUCCAGGACUGGUACUGGCACCACGACGAACAUCAUCAUGUCAUCAUCUUUGACCACCUCACUAACCGAAAAGCAACAACCGACAUCUACUUCAGUGCACAAACGAAAGUUCGCAAAAGAGAGCCGCCGCACAAAUGGUGGAGAGAAGAGUGAUGAUGAUGAUGCUUCUUCUGGUACUGAUGUUGAUGUUGUCUCUCACCAACCAAAAUCCGAAAAUAUCAAGAGUACAAACAACAAGAAGAAACCAAAGCUUAAAUAA